UUGGUCGAAAACGCCCUUUUUUUUUAGUAGUGUUUUUCUUCUUUUAUUUGAUAGAAUUGUUUCACCGUUUUGUUGGAGGCUCUGACAUGAUGACAGAUUUGAAAGACAAUACCAUUCCAUUUUGGGCUGUUCCGAUUGUUGUUAUAAUCUUACCUUUACUGGUCAUACUUGUCGUUUACUUCAUCAAAAGGGAUGUCUACGGUGUGAAUCAAGCUAUAUUAGGAUUGCAGUACUCUGUAAUCAUCACCUUUGUUCUUAUUGAUGGAAUCAAAGAUGCUGUUGGUCGACCCUGUCUAGACCUCCUCUGGCGUUUCCCUGAUGGAAAAGGGGUAUGUCAAUCAAAGAUGACAAAGUCUUAUAGACCUUCUUGUCUAAUUUUGUGUUUCUUUUUGUCGACUGAUGAAUAUGUCAUGGAUCACAAGUUGCGCGAAUUGUUCAGUCAAUGUAUCGAAAUCACUUGUGCAAAACUUAUGCUAGAUGAGAAAGGAGUCAGUAAGGACUUUGGAUUUGUAUGUUUUUCCACACCAGAGGAGGACACUCCCGAUUUGGCACCUUUUCUGCAAAAUGCUGGUCGUGAACCUAUAAAUGAGGUCAAAUAUCAUUUGCGUGGUGUGAAUGAAGGAUUUGUUGUAUCCUCUGCUGGCACUGGUAAAGUUGGAUCUUUCGCUGAGGGUUCAGUAGACCUGAGUACGAUGCUUACUGUCGCUCCUCCUACACAGCAGAAACAGAUACUUGGAGAGCACCUUUAUCCUCUAGUCCGUCAGCAGAAGCCUAAUCUUGCUGGCUGCUAUGGUGCAAAGAGCAGUGAGGUGCUUAAGCACUCCAAGAAUGAAGUUUCCAGUCAAGAUUCACUCGUCCAGAUUAUCUCUCAGCUGAAAUUGCAGUUAGUUUGGCAGCAGUAAUAUUGUCUUCAGCAUCGAUAAGAGUUUUAGCCAACAAGUUUGUCAAAGUAUCAGGCGACUGUGUUCGCUUCCAUAGACUUGAUGCUUAAUUCUAGUUUUAAUACAGUCUUCUGGAGAACUAUAAACUCAUAUUUUGCUUAAGCAUUUGUUUGAUAUAGAAGUCCACAAUGUUAUCAAACAAUAUUGUGACCGCAUGUAUCUUGUUUUUGUGGCUGUUAAUACUUCUCAGAAACUAGUAGCUAAUAUGACAUGAUAGAAACUGCUUUGUCCUC